AUGAAAAAAGCUUCAAUUAAAUAUAUUAAUUCAAGAAUAUAUUAUAGUAGAAGUCACUUAAAACAAAUUUAUUCCUUUUUUUCAAGUAGUAGAAAUGAACAAGCACGUAUUAUAAAUAAGAAUGAUGAUUUUAUAAUAGAUGAGAGUUAUAAUAAUGUGGAAUUCGAUGAACAUAUAUCACCGUCGUUUAGUUUCGAUAUUAAUAUAGAUGAUGAUAAGUGGAAAAAAAAAGAAGAAAUUGAAUAUAAUAAUUUUAUAGAAAAAGCAAAAAAAGCUUCAAUUAAUCCUUCCACGUUUUUUUACACACAAAAAAUGACAACAGAUGUGAAGAAUACAUCUGACAAUAGAAAUUAUGAAAAAUUACAAAUGCAUAAUAAAUGUGUAGAUAAUAAUAUAUCAUCAAAUAUUAUAACAUCUAACAAGUUAACAUCUUAUAAUGUCGAUUGUGUUUAUAAAAAUGAAAAGACUUAUGAAGAUGAUAUAAAGAUAUUUUUGAAAACCUCAUGUGAUGAUAUAACCUUACAAGAUGGUGACAUUAUUAAAAAAUUAAUUUAUCUUAAUGAUAAUUCUAAAAAUUUGCAUUGUGGAAAUAAAGAAAUAUAUACAUAUUUAAAUGAUAUUUUGGAUCUGCUAGAAAGGGGAUCUAGAGUCAAACGUAAGGAUGAUGUAAUAAAAAAAGGAAAUAAAAAAAAUAAAAAAAAUGAACAAUAUGAACAAUAUGAACAAUAUGAACAAUAUGAACAAAAUGAACAAAAUUUACAAAAUUCACAAAAUUCACAAAAUGAAGAAAUAAUUACCUUAUCAGAAAUAGUAGAAAGAAAUGUAGGAGGAGGACAUAUAAAAUAUUUCCACAAUCUUAUAUCUAAAAAAAUUUAUGAAGACCCCUUUUUCCUUAUUAAUCAUAACUAUAAAAAUGUUGUUACUAAUUUUACAAAUUUUCCAGAUUAUUAUACAAAUAGGUUCUUCAAGUUAAUUGUUGAGAAUGUAAAAGAUAUGACAUAUAAAAAUUUAGUUUUUAUAUUAAACGUUGUUAAUAAUUUAAAUAUGAAAAACAUGAUGAGAGAUUUAUCAUAUGAAGUAAUUAAAUUAUUAAAUAAAAAUAGAAAAAAUGAUCAAGAGGAUGUAUUACAGAUUGAUAAUAUAAAUAAAAAAGAAAAUGUUCAAAAAAAUGAUAUAGAAAAUAAUAUAAAAUUAUGUUUACAUUAUAUUAAUAUAUUAAAUUAUCAUUCUUUAUACUUUUGUGAAUUUUAUGAUUAUUUAAUACUACAUAUAAAUCAGAUGAAAAAUGAUAUGUUAUGUUUUUUUACUUUACAAUGUUUCAUACAUAGUUUAAGAACUAAACAUUAUUUAGAUAAGAUAUAUUUAUUAUGUUUAAAAAAAAUUGAGUUGUUUAAUUUUGAAGAAUUAAAAUGUAUGAUUUAUUGUUUUCAUCGUUUUUGUAAGGAAUAUUCAAAAUUUUAUGAUCUUUCUAUAGAUAUAAUAAAAAACAAAUAUAUACAUAAUAUCUUAAAUGACAAUUUAAAUAUGGUUCAGCUAUUAUUAAAAAUAACUAACAAUUUUAAAAAUAAUGAUAAUUAUGUUGAACUUACUGGAUUGAUUGCACAAAAUAUUAUAGUGCAUAUAGAAGAAAAUAUACAAAGCGAAGGAAGAAAAAAAAAAAAAAAUACACAAUAUAUAAAUAAUUUGACAAAUAUGAAUACAUCUAUUGAUAUGUCAACUAAUGAUGAUACUUUUAAAAAGGAAGAUCUGUCUAAAAUGGAUACAACAUGUUGUAAUACGACAUACUUAGAAAGAAAUGUUAAUGAUAGUAAUAAUGGUUUUGUCGAAACAUCAUGUGAUAAUAUUAUAAAAGUGAUAGAGUGUCUAAAAUAUUUUGAAUACAAUAAAAAAAAUAGUGAAGAUGUAAAAAAUUGUGUAAAUAAAAUUUAUGAAAUAAUAAAUGAAAAUAUUGAAUGUUUAAAAAUGUUAUGUAUAGAAGAUAUAGUAUAUAGUAUUGUAUGUUUUAGUUCAUAUAAUAAAAGAAUAAUUUUAUAUAAUAAUUUUUUAGAUAUUAUAUGUGAAAAAAGUAAUGAAUUGAUAAAUGCUAAAAAUAUAUGUUUGUGGAUAUAUCCUAUUUUAAAUUUAUGUAAAAUAUCUUGGUAUCAUAAAAAUUAUAUAGAAUUAUUAUUUGUAUAUAUUAAAGAUAAUUAUAUAUUAAAUAGAUUAAGUGUAUUUCAAUUAAUGAAAUUAUUAUCAUCUGUUGUUAAAAUGAAUAUAUAUGAUGAAGAUGUAUAUAAAAUAUUGAUUGAAAAAUUAUAUAAAGAAUGGGAUAUAAUAAAAAAAAAAUUAAUUGAUAUAUCCACUUUUUUAUGGUGUUGUGCAUAUAUAAAUAUAAUAUAUAAACCAUUAUUUGAUAGUGCAUAUGAUUUAAUUAUAGAUUUAAUAAAUACAAAUAAUCUUAAUAUAAUUAAUAAUAAUGUUAUAUAUAAAAACUGUUUUGUUAAUAUUACUUGGUCUUUUAUUGUAGCUAAUUAUCAUAAAACACAAAACAAUUUCGAUAAAAUAUUAAAUAUAACAUUUUUUAAAAGAAAUCCAAAUGAAAAUGAAGCAUUUAAAAGAUUACAUCAAAUUGCAGAUUCAUGCUUCAAAGAAAUAUCAAAAACUUUAAUUAAUAUCAAAUGCUUAGAUAUACUCUAUUCAUAUUGUAUACAUGAAAAAUGUAAAUUAUUAAGAAAUAAUUUUAUCAUUUAUAAAAAAGAAAAAGAUGCCAUCAAAAUGAAAAAUAAAAUUCAUGAUGAAAUAUGUCAUCUUCUAAAAUGUUCUUUUCAUAUAUCUUUUGAUCAACAUCUAGAACCAUAUCAUAACUCACCAUAUGUCAUUGAUAUAUGUCUAAAUCAAACUUCUAAAAUAGGCAUAUGUAUAUUUGGAAAGGAAUAUUUAAUGAGGACCUUAAAAAAAUCUUCCUGGGAUUUUAUGAACACAGGAAUUGUCACAUUGCAAAUGAGAAUCUUACACGCCCACGGAUGGAACAUCAUUCCUAUUAAUGCCGGUGAAUGGAUACAACUCAAUUUUGAUCAGAAAAAAAAUCUUCUCUCAGAAUAUUUCAAACAAUAUUCUAUACAAAUAUAA